AUGGAGCCCCCUCCAGGCCAGGAACCCUCUGCCAGAGCAGGAGGUGACGGGUUUCUCUCUCCUUUGCCCCAGGGCCCCGACAAAGCCCGUUCUCAGCUGCUGAUCGUGGACCGGAGCUUCGACCUGGUGUCCCCACUGCUGCACGAGCUCACCUACCAGGCCAUGGCCUACGACCUGCUCAGCAUCGAGAAAGACACCUACAAGUACGAGACGAUGGGCAUCAGCGACUCGCAGGAGAAAGAGGCGCUGCUGGACGAAGACGACGAACUCUGGGUGCAGCUACGCCACAUGCACAUCGCUGACGUCUCCAAGAAGGUGACGGAGCUGCUGCGCACCUUCUAUGAGAGCAAGAGGCUGACCACGGACAAGGGGGCUCCAAGCGCUGGGAGCAGCCGGGAUAUCACCACCGCCUCCCUCCAGGCCAACAUCGAGGACCUGUCCCAGAUCCUGAAGAAGAUGCCCCAGUAUCAGAAGGAGCUGAACAGGUACUCCACGCAUCUGAACCUGGCCGAGCACUGCAUGCAGCACUUCAAAGGAAGAGUGGAGAAGCUGUGCAGCUUGGAGCAGGACCUGGCUAUGGGGACGGACGUGGACGGGAAGAAGAUCAAGGACCCCAUGAAGAUCAUCUUGCCUGUCCUGCUGGACCCCAGCGUGCAGGCCUACGACAAGAUCCGCAUCAUCCUGAUCUACAUCUUCCUGAAGAAUGGUGUGGACAAGGAGAACCUCACCAAGCUGAUCCAGCAUGCCAACAUCCAGCAGCAGAGAGACAUCAUCAACAACUUGCAGUUCCUGGGCAUCUCUCUCACGCCUGGGAGCGGGCAGCUGCGACCGGAGAGGAAGGUGCGGCUGGAAUCCAGCUACCAGCUCUCCCGCUGGACCCCCAUGCUCAAGGACAUCAUGGAGGACAUCAUUGAGGACAAACUGGACAAGAAUCUGUGGCCCUUUUUGUCGGACCCGGUCCCUACCACCAGCUCCCAGGCUGCUGUCAGGCAUUGGCAGAAGAACAAGCCAGCGGCCGAGUACCGGACGGGCCCGCGCCUCAUCAUUUACGUGCUGGGUGGGGUGUCCAUGUCUGAGAUGCGCUGUGCCUACGAAGUGACCCCGGCCAUCAAGGGCAAGUGGGAGGUGGUGAUCGGUUCCAGUCACAUCCUGACCCCCAAGCGCUUCCUGGAUGACAUCCAAACCCUCAACCAGCUGGACCCCGAGGAGGCCUAGAAGCAGCCCCCUCCCCCCAGAGACUCUGCCCCCCACAGUUUGCUGCCCCCAGCUCCACCUGCUCUUCUCAACAAGGCAUCUUCCCCCCUA